CGUAAAUAAACAAAAGUGUGUUAGGUGCAGAUACUUAUUUGAGCACUUCAAAACCGGGAUACUGUGAGAAACAUUCCGGCAAAUAGUGAAAUCUAGCUACCUGUGCAGGUAAUUGGGCCUACAACCAUUGGGAAGUAAAUUCACAAAUGGCUCCUAAAUCUGGGAAGUCUAAAAAAGGAAAAAAGAAGAAAAGAAAGGCUAUCAGUGCUAAGAGUAAAUUGGAACAAGAAGCAGAUUUGUACAUCCAGCAAGAUGAAUUGCACAAAACAUUCAUCCAGCGAAUUGGCAAAUGGAUGUUGAGUAAUUUCGGCCGAGUUAUUGAUAUCUUUCACAAGUUCGAUCAAAAUGGUGAUGGUUUAUUGUCAUACGAAGAAUUCUUUGCAGGUAUGAGAGACCUAGCAGCACCGUUCAGUGCACUCGAACUUCUAGUGUUAGCCAAAACUGUAGAUAAGAAUCGCGAUCAGCAUAUUGAUUACACAGAGUUUGCAGAAGGUAUUCGGUAUCAAAGACCAGUCCGUAUAUGGAAAGAUGAUGGGUUGCCUGUCUUGAAGAUACGUCGUGAGAAGUUCGAGAAAUGUCCUUCUUGUAAUAUAUGUCGUUGGGAAAGCAAACAACCAGAUGACAUAAGAUUUAUCAACUUGGAAGUACAAUACGCCUUGAUGGCAAAACUAAAGAAUAUACCGUGUCAUCUUCAAACCAUCAUUCAUUCUCACAUCACGAUAGAGGGAGUGGUAGAAAUGGUGAAAGCUCUAUAUGAUUAUACUGUUGUAAAUGUCACCAUAUACCAUGUGACAGAUAACGUAAAGGUAGAACUAAAAAAAUGGCAAACUUUAAAAGAAUGUGGAUUUGCUGGUGGAAGCGAGGAUCUUCCAGAGCAUGUGGAACUGUUUUAUGAAGUCUUUGAUGAAGGUAUUGAUUGUCCUUUACUACAGUGUGAUCAUUAUUUCGACAGAAAAGCGAAGAGAAGGUGAUAGCUUGAGUGAUGUGAAUAUAUCUGCAAAAACGUGUGGUUUACAACCAAUAAGAACCUCGCCUUGCUUUUAUAAAUUUUUACGUCGUGUCUUUAGAAAUGCAGCGAGUAAUUAUCAAAACAUUUUGGUAUUUAUUUUACUAAAAUAUUUCAGUCAAUCAAUCAGUGCAAUUUAUGGAGCAGUAUACAUUUUUUUUUAAAAAUUAGUUGUCAAUAACAUUUAUUUUGUAUUUCAUAGCCAUAUAUUGGAUGUGACGGAUACAAUUUUUCAUAAAAUUCUAAAGGCAGAGUUACACGUGCGAUAUUAAUAAAAAUAUCAAUUUUUCUAAAAUUUAUUAUCGUUGAAAAUAUAUUUUGAAAUUAUACUUACGUGUUAAUAAAAUAUUCUUCAGAAUGAAGAAAAAAUUCGUUACCAUUCAUUUGAUUUUUAAAUUAAAUUGUAUUUUUCAAUCUAUAUUAUAAUACCCGUAUACGUCUGUCCGUCCGUCCGUCUGUCUGUCACGCAAAAUGGUAGCUUAGCUGCGCAAUAGCGAGAAGCACGCAAUGCGGUAUAAAAAGGACGGGCGAACCCGUGGAUUUUCCACGGGCUAACGACUAGU